AUGUCAAGGCUCGGUGCCCCCAGCACUCCGGAGCCCCGCUCACUUAACCUCUCUGGUGCUUUGCAGAGUACUCACUUACGGGGAGCGAACUUCCGCCUGUCGUCCUCGUACGCUGUAGUAUCACCCCAAGUCCAAGGAGCUGGGCCUGAGCAGCACUGGGCACAGGGCUCGGGAGCCGAAGGCUUAGGGAUGCAACAAGAUGUGGAUGUGUGGGGGACAGAGAGAAUUCUCCCUCAUGGGACAGUCCAGAAUCUCAAUAAGUGGUCCAUGUAUAGAGAUGGAGAGCUUCUGGACCCCCAAAGUCUGAUGGGACAGACACAAGAGGGGGGACAACCAGAGGAGUGGAAUCUCAACAGAGAGGGGGAACCACAGGGGAACUGGUUUGAUAAGAUGUACUCAAUUAGAAGCAUGCCCACCAUAACUCACCGGGAGCAGAGGGUGGAAGAUGGGGUGGAAGACAUGACACAGUUGGAUGAGAUGCAUGAAGUGGCUGUACUGCUGAAUGUACGCAAGCGAUUUGAAAGAGAGCUCAUAUAUACAUACAUAGGCAGCAUACUGCUGUCGGUGAACCCUUAUAAGAUGUACAACAUCUAUGGGACAGACAUGGUGCUGUUGUACAAAGGUCAUGCUCUUGGAGAGAACCCUCCUGGGGAGAGUGGGUCAGGAAAAACCGAGGCCACCAAACUUGUUCUUCGUUACCUUGCAUCUGUCCAUCACUUGAACAACAUUGCACAACAGGUUACUAUACUUGAGGCAACUCCUCUCCUGGAAUCCUUUGGAAAUGCCAAAACUGUGCGAAAUGAUAACUCCAGUCGCUUUGGGAAAUACAUAGAGGUCUUUUUAGAAAAUGGUAUAAUCUGUGGUGCCAUAACCUCCCAGUAUCUACUGGAAAAGUCCCGAAUUGUGUUCCAGGCCAAAGAUGAGAGGAACUAUCACAUUUUCUAUGAGAUGCUGGCAGGUCUUCCUUCUCAGCAGAGGCAGGCCUUCUAUCUGCAAGAAGCGGAAACCUACUACUAUCUCAAUCAGGGGGGGAAUUGCGGAAUAGUGGGAAAAAACGAUGCGGAUGACUUCCGGCGUCUGCUGUCAGCCAUGGAAAUCCUUCGCUUCAGCCCAGAGGACCAGUCCGCCAUCUUUAGAGUGCUUUCCUCCAUCCUGCAUUUGGGCAAUGUCUACUUUCAGAGAUAUGAGAAUGAUGGCCAGGAGGUGGCGUCAGUGGUGAGCGCUCAGGAGAUUAGGGUGGUGGCUGAGCUGCUGCAGAUCUCACCAGAAGGACUCCAGAAAGCCAUCACCUACAAAGUGACUGAAACCAUGAGGGACAAAAUCUACACACCUCUGACUGUAGAAAGUGCUGUUGAUGCCAGAGAUGCUGUUGCCAAGAUCCUGUAUUCGCUUCUCUUCCACUGGUUGACAGAGAGGAUCAACGCUCAGGUGUACCCCAUGCAGCACACGCUCUCUAUCUCCAUCCUGGAUAUCUAUGGCUUUGAGGACCUGGCCUUCAAUAGUUUUGAGCAGCUUUGCAUCAACUAUGCAAACGAGUAUCUGCAGUUCUUCUUCAACAGGAUCGUCUUCAAAGAAGAGCAGGAGGAGUACAACAGAGAACAAAUCCCAUGGCAGAACAUCACUUUUAGUGACAACCAGCCCUGCAUCGACCUCAUAGCCUCUAAGCCUCAUGGGAUAUUGAGGAUUCUGGAUGAUCAGAGCAGUUUUCCUCAGGCAACAGACCACACUUUUCUCCAGAAGUGUCACUAUCACCAUGGCAACAACCCGCUCUAUAUGAAGCCAAAGAUGCCCAUUCCGGAGUUCACCAUCAAGCACUUUGCUGGUCGGGUCACCUACCAGGUUUACAAGUUUCUGGACAAGAACUACGAUCAGGUCCGACAGGAUGUUCUGGAGUUGUUCAUUCAGAGCAGAAACAAAAUGGUGUCAAACCUUUUCUCGGCUCAUGGAGAAGCCAUCAGCCAGCCCAGAGGAGGCCACAAGAGGAAGAGCAGCUCCGUCACCAGAAAGUACCAAGCUCCCACCGUCAGCAGCAAGUUCCAGCUGUCUCUGCUGGAGCUGGUGGAGAAGAUGGAAAGGUGCAACCCUUAUUUUGUUCGCUGCAUUAAGCCAAAUAGCAUGAAGCAACCAGGCAUGUUCGAGGACGACCUGGUCAGCAGCCAGCUGCGCCAUUCUGGGGUCCUGGAGACCAUCAGGAUCCGUAAGGAGGGAUAUCCAGUCAGGAUGUCAUUCUAUGCCUUCCUGUUUAGAUAUAAGUCCUUGGUUGGACUUCAGGAGCUUCCAGCAGCGAAUGGGGAGAACUGCAUCCUUUUGCUCAGCAAACUGUGUCCUCUCCGACCAGGAGUCUUCCAUGUCGGGGUGACAAAGCUGUUCCUGAAGGAGGACGUCUACCAGCUGCUGGAGUGCAAGAGGGAUCGAUCCCGUGAGCUCGCCGCUCUCACGCUGCAGCGCUACGUCCGCAUGUUUUUUGUCAGGAAGCGCUUCAUUGACUUCCGCAAGAAGAUGAUCAGGUUUCAGGGUCGGUGCCGCGGCUUCUUGCUCAGGAAGCGCUAUGUAAAAAUGAGGGAGAGUUUGAUCCGGUUCCGAUCUCUGGUUCACAUGUACGUCAACCGCAAGCAGUACAUCAAGAUGAAGUUUGAAGCAAAGAGGAAAGUAGAGGAGCUGAGGAGACAGAGAGAAAUGGAGCUGAUGAAGAGGGAGGUGGUCAACGUCACGCAUCUGGUGAUCCCUGCAGAGCUGGGAGCUCUGUUGCAGACAGCAGGAGUCAGGAAUGAGUUGCACUCAGACUGUUUGGCUCUGCUUCAGGCUCCACACAUCCAGGAAGACGCUCAGCUCACGCUGCCUCUGGACAUCAACAACUUUCCCUUUUUUCGCUAUGUGCAGCAACACUUUAGGGAGCCAAAGUUCGGGAUGCUGAUGGCCCCUCUGAAGUCACCUCUCACCCAGGUGGAGGAUGAUCUAAGAAGUGCAGCUCUGGAGCUCUUUAACAUGGUGUUACGGUUCAUGGGGGACCCUCACCUGAACGGGGCGCAAGAAAACCUGUUUGGGAAUUAUAUAGUCCAAAGGGGUUUGUUGUCCCCGGGGUUGCGAGACGAGGUCCUCGCUCAGGUUGUCAAUCAGGUGUGGAGGAACAUCAACUCUGAUAAUGCAGACAGAGGCUGGCUGCUGCUGCUGGCGUGCGUUUGCUGCUUUGCCCCAUCCACCAAGAUGGACAAAUAUCUGCUGAAGUUUGUGUCAGACCACGCCCCAGCAGGUUAUCAGGCCUUGCUGCAACACAGACUCAUCCAAGCAAGCCAGAAGAUGCAGCUGUGUUCAGGCUCCGCCCCCGAGACUGCACGGACGUAUCCGCUGUCACUCCUGGAGUGGACAGCCAAUAGGAAGAGAGCAAACAUGGUGCUGCACGUGCACAGUUUUGAUGGAGGGUCCUUCCUGUGUCCAGUCCACUCCUGGACCAGCGGAGAGGAUUUAGCGGGACACAUCCUGCGCCACAGGGGAGUGUCCGACUGGUGGAGAGGGAAUUCAGUUCUGAUGAAGGAGCACGGCCAGUGGGUGGAGUUAGCCGGUCACGACUACGUUCUGGACCUGAUUGCAGAUCUGGAGCUUCCUGUGGACUUCCCUAAGCAGAAGAGCUACUUCAUCAUCAGCACUGACAACCCAGCCAGAGUCAGAGCUAAUACCAGCCUGUCAGUGUGUGAAGCACCAGCUCUCUGCCAUUACACCUCCACAUGUCAAAGGCAGCCAUUUAGAAAAUUCCUCUUCUUUUUCCUCAGUGCUUUGUUCGGCAGCGGCUUCGACUCCGACGAGGAGUUUCCCUCCUCGAUUCCUCUGAACAACAGCAGUAGACCCACCUACAGUCUGCCUGACUCUGACGGUUACUACAGCCACGAAUCAGACGCCUACAGUGAUGGUCAGACUCAGAGGGGAAUGGACCGCUACCUCGACAGUCUGUUUGACCCCGUCCUCUCAGACGGUGCAGACAUGGAAAGGCCUGGAGGCUUAUCGGCGAGGAUGAAAGGAAGAGGAGGUGUUGGGAUCCCAGGAAAAGGAGGAGACGGGGAGAUCUCUGCACCUUCUGGACGACCUUAUCCACCAGGAAUACGUCCUGGAGCUGUUCCAGUGCUGCCGGUGGCAGGGGGAAUGAUGCCCCCCAUUCCCACCAUGCCGAUCCCCUCCCACCACCACCACAUCGAACAGCAACAAGAACAACAGCAAGAGCCGCCGCAACCACAGUACCACUACUAUAACCGACCCUCACCCCCGUACCAACCCCCCACCUCUUCUCCGAGCACCCCUGCCCCUCGAAUGACUCCCGCCCCCUUGCCUCCAGCCAGACCUGCCGCUGCUGUUCCCACCUCCACCCCUUACUCAGACAGAGCUGCUAAUGUAGCCCCCCCUGUUAGUGGCGUCCACGGUCUGCCGGGGGUCCCCUCACUCCCAACCUCACCAGUUGUGGCAGGCUUACCUGUGGUGACAGGUGUGCCAGGUACAAGACAAGAGUGCGGUAGUGGAAACUUUACUUUUGCUCCUCUUCAUCAUCUUUUCUCAAAAUGUUCUCCUUCAGGAUUGGAGCAGACAAUACUGACGGAGCAGCAGCAGGCCAUCAUCAACCAGCAAGCAAUCAUUCUGGCCCAGCAGAUGACCAUGCAGGCCAUUGCAAUCCAGCAACAGAUGCUCUCCUCUUUUCCCCCUGUUGCUCCAGCUCCCCAGACACCUCCCUCUCACCAUCCCACCCAAUCGAAGCAACGCUCACACACUCCCAGCCCUACCAAAGGGAGCGAUGAGUCCCACAGGCCCACUGCUGUUCAGAGGAAAACAAGUCCGACACGUGCCUCCCCUGCUGAGGAUGUGGUUCAGUCCAGUGUGAGUAACACAGAGCGCAUAGAUCCCAGCCACGACAUCAAAGACAUCAUCAAACAGCAUCAACCUGCAGGAACCAAGUCUUCUUCUGGGUCUCCUACACAGAAGAGGGGUGAUGGGAAGACAUUUGUGAAGAAGCCCGACCCUCAUGACGAAGCUAUGGAGAUCCUUAAAGACCAAAUGGCGAACCCGCCGAGGCCGUCUCAGAAAAAGCCUCCGCCGUCCCAGCCUAAGGAAGAAGAAGGCAUCAAGGCUGCUAAACCCACUAAAUCCCACCUUCCAGGGACAACCAGCUCCAGCAUAAGCCCCGCCCCACCUCUAGUCUCUAGAGAUUUGCCCACAGAGGAGGAGGUCAUCCAGACUCAACUCCACCGAAAAACCAGUGAAGACUACUACACUUACUCCAACGUUCCAUGGAAGCUCUACCUGAGAAAAGAGGUGUUUUAUCCUAAAGAGACUUUGAACAAUCCUCUGGUGUUGGACCUGAUCUUCAGACAGAUUGUACACGACACCUUCUCUGAAGCUUGCACACGCAUCGCUCAUGAGGAGCGGCAGAAGAUGAAAGCUCUGUUUGCGGAGAACAACGUCGAUCAAGCUUUGGGGUCUCACGAUGAGAACAUGAAGAAGAAAGUGGUCGCCAUGGCCAAAGACUCAUGGGAAAUCUACUUCUCCCGACUAUUCCCAGCUUCUGGCAGUGUGGGGACAGGAGUGCAGGUGUUGUCGGUUUCUCACAAAGGGAUCAAGCUGCUGAAGUUGGUGAAGAGCGGCUCUUCGGCCUCCGAUUACUUCAGAGUGCUGAGACCCUACAGCUACUCGGACAUCCUGUUUGUGUCCAUCCCGUCUAACAACAUGCUGGAGUUCAACCUGACCAACGAGAAGCUCAUCCUGUUCUCCGCCAAAGCCCCUCAGGUCAAGCACUUGAUCGACUACUUCCUCACCGAGCUCAAGAAGGACUCGGAGUACAUGGUGGCGGUGAGGAACUACAUCACUGAGAACAGGGCUCACCUCAGCUUCCACAAGGGGGACAUCAUCCGCCUGCAGCACAUGAAAGGGCUGGAGGCCGGAAAGCAGUAUGGUUGCAUCGUCAGAAAGAAGGUCAUGCUUCUUGAAGAGCUCAAGAGAGAUACCCCAGAGUUUGGCUGGAGGUUUGGGGCUGUAUACGGAAAGUCCGGAGUGUUUCCUAGCGAACACGUCCGCCCCGUGGCCGCCCCUGACUUCCUGGUCCUGCCCCCUGAACGGGUGGAGCCUCGAGACAGACAUGGACGAGUCGCCGCGUCAGCUGCCAUUGCCGUAGCGAUGGGUUCAGCCGUGGCUGCUCAUGAGCUGGACAUUUCAACAGAGGUGGUAAAUGAGAUCUAUGGGGAAAGUCUCAGUGCAGAACUGGACGACUUACCGCUCCACAGCAACCAGUAUCAGAUGACUGAGUUUGCCAAGAAGUACUUUAGAGAGGCACAGAGGAACAAGAAGGAUCAGAAAGCCAAAAAGGGGAAGGAGGCCAGGGAUCCUGCAGAUAUGGUCAAAUUCUCCAAGUCUCCAAUCCAGGAAUCUCUGAUUGACUUCUCGGACAGUGGCAUGAACAGAGUGGCGACAGACAUUUUCUUAGCAAUAAUGAAGUUCAUGGGAGACUUUCCAAUGAAGGGCCAGACUGAGCAGGACUUAGUCGCCACAAUAUUAAGGUUAAGUGGAGAUCACGGUCUGAUGAAGGAUGAAGCCUACUGCCAAGUGAUGAAACAAGUCACCACCAACACCAGCUCCAAACCAGACAGCUGCCAGAGAGGAUGGAGGCUGAUGUACAUCCUCACAGCUUUCCAUCGCUGCUCCGAGGUCAUGAAGCCGUUUCUGCUGAAGUUUCUGCAGGAUGCCAGUGAGAACCCAGGGAUGGCAUAUCAAGGCAUCGCCAAAGCCAGUGAGCAAAACCUGAAGAGGACUUUCCAAUACGGAGGACGCGCUCAGUACCCAAACACCAUGGAGCUCAAAGCCAUGCUGGCUGGGCGGAGCUCCAAGAGACAACUGUUCCUGCUCCCAGGUGGAAUCGAGAGGCACUUGAAAAUCAAGACGUGCUCUGUUGCUUCGGAUGUGAUUGAGGAGCUCUGCUUUGAAAUGGGGCUGCAAAGGUUGGAGGCGCUGGACGAAUACGCCGUCUUCCUGGUCACCCACAAAGGUCAGAAUGUGCGUCCUCUGAACAAGCGUGAGUACAUCCUGGACAUUGCUACAGAAGCAGAGCAGGUGGAUGCCAACUACAGCCUUUGGUUCAGACGAGUCAUAUGGAGUUUGGCUCUUAAACUUGACAACGAACUCUACGUUACCAUGCUCUAUAAUCAGAUCUUGCCAGACUACCUGAAGGCCUUGCUGAGUGUGGUCCCUCCGGGGAAGGCCAGCGACCAGCAUCUGCAGCAGCUUGCCCGACUGGCAGCCCUGCAGCACCGUGCCAAGGACAGCAUCUACUUGCCCACCAUCCGAGAGGUGCAGGAGUGCGUCCCCCCGCAGUUCUACAGCAAACAGGGCUCACAGCAGUGGCUGAACAUGACAAUGCAGCACACGCAGCAGGUCCAGGCUUUGAACGCUCACCAGGCCCGGGCACAGUUCCUUGGCUUGGUCAGUGCCUUCCCCAUGUUUGGCUCCUCCUUUUUCUACAUUCAGAGCUCGAACUCUUCAACCAUCCAAGCUCCCUGCAUCCUGGCUGUUAAUCUGAACGGACUGCACUUCCUCAACAAAGAUACUCACGAGGCCAUGGAACGUUUCCCCCUGAAGGAGGUCCAGUCGACCCGCACCCAGAGACCAACUUCAGGCUCCAGUUAUCCCUAUGUGGACAUCAUGAUAGGGGACCUGCUCAACCAGCGCAUUACCCAGCUGCAGCUCGAGCAGGGCCUGGAGUUGUGCCGAGUCAUUGCCAUGCACAUGGAGAACAUGCUGUCUCUUAGAGAAAAAAGACUCACCUUGCCACCGAGUGAAAUUACCUUACUGUAGCACAGACAGGAAGUAAACAUAUUCAAAAAAUACCUCAAAAAUAAUCUACAUCUACCUCUAUUUUUAAAGAGAAUUUUAUAUGCAAAUCAUGCCUAGUACUACUGUAUUCUUUUGAUUGUCCAUGUGCUGAUGUAGUUAUUCUCCCAUCUAGCAGCCUUUGUUGCAAACAGCUGCUGACUCAGAGGGGGAAAAAAUGAGUCAGAAACUGCAUGUCUUACCCCAAAGGUUUGACCACAACCAGAUUCACACCAUGCUGCACACAAUUCAAGCAACUUUUAGCUAAAUUCUCCUGCUCUUUUCUGUUAAAUCAAGGACAAAGUACUCGUGGGAAAUUAAUUUAACUAAACAGUUUGCACAAAGUACACUUUUAGCUAUGCAUCUUGAUAAAAAUUGUUGUAUAUAAAUUAAUUUGUAGAAAUAAUGCUGAACA